CUCGCCCCGACCCUCAUCUCCGCGCACGGCAAAGUCGCCGCUGUCGUCGGCGACGCGGGCGGUAACGGCACCGCCCUCGGCAUUCAGGGCGGCAUCGUCCCCGGCCCCGGCAAGAACAAGGUCACUGAAGUAGACACUACCGUCUUCGGCAAGACCAAUAUCGCGACCAACGGCCUCGGCAAGACCACGGGCCAGGGCAAGAACACGGUUGCCAUGGUCGUGGCGACGAUGGACCAGUCUGGUGCUACUCUGCCCCAGGUCAGCGACGGCGGCAGCAUCAGCGGAACCUUCCAUGUCGUCACUACCGAUGGCGCGGGGCCUGUCCAGGCGAUGAUCGAUACGACGGGCACGGGCGCGUUUGCGAGCGGUGUCCAGGCGAAUGUUGUCACGGACGUCCCCGGCAACAAAGGCAACAUCAAGCCGUCAGGCAAAGUCCCGCGCGGCCUCUCCUUCGUCGCGCUCCGCGCACGAAACCUCGUCGCCCGCGCUAGCAAUGUCAACAUGGACUUUCCCAUCGACAUUGCGGUACCCGCGGGGACGACGUGCACCGGGUCCAUGGCGGGCCUGCAGAACGUGUGCUUGAUGAAGAUUGCGAACUCGAACAACGCUGGCCCCUUCGGUGGAGUCAUCGCUUUCCAGAUGGCGGGUACGGCGGCGGGUAACACCACUGCU